GGAAACACCCAGAAAAGAAUAUUAAAAUAAUAUCUCUUCACCACUACUACAAAAUAUUUGACUCAAACAUGCAAAAGUAAGCAUACUUUACUCUUAAGAAGUGUACAUUACACAGCAAUAUAAAGUGAUAGCACUACGAAGCAAAAUUCCAAUCUUCAGAAAUAUAUUAAACCAAAGCAACAUACCUUAAAGAAACUUCUUUGAGUUAGUUGAUGUAAAACACACCUUGGUUCGUACAACACAUUCAGUAUACUUCAGUAUUACCGUGAUCGACUAUCAUCAUUAUUGUCAUCACCGUCACUAUCAGCAUCAGCAAGACCGUAAACAGGGGGAAGACAGGCUGCUUAUUACUAUAUGUACAUAUUUAUACUUAUUCUUAUUUCUCAUAUAAUCCUGAGUAAAAAGAUUCUGCUUUCACUUCGCUUACUUUAUAUGAAUAAACGGACAUCAUACACAAACUGUUCAGUAUCACUGUCAUCUUUAUCCUGAAGGUCUAAUUCAGUACUAUCACAAAAAUAUACAAUUGUAUCUACAUACUGGUCAAUUUUACUAUUCAAAUAAUGAAUGAUAUAUAUCAAUGUUUUCAAAUGAAUACAAUAGAUGAUGUAUCAGAAGAUUCAAAUUUAUGUAUAAAUGACUCAAAUAAAUCAAUAAAAACAAUUAAUCCCUAUCGUAAAUUACACAAUUCUAAUUCAUCAGAUAUGAUUAAUUCAUUUAACUCUGAAAUGUAUUACACUACUUCUAAUAAUAAAAGUAUUAAUCCUAAAGAUGAACUAAUAAAAUGUUCAAAUGAUAUUGUUGAAUCAAGUAAAUUAAAUCCUAUUUUAGCAAUAGCUAGUCAUCAAUGGUUUGAUCGAUUAUUUCAUUCAAAUUCAUACAUAUCUGAUAAUAAUAUCAAUAAUAGUAAUAAUAUUAAUAAUAAUAAUAAUAAUAAUAAUAAUCAUUAUAAUCAACGAUCAUAUAACCACCAUAAUCAUCAUCAACAUACUUGUGGUUUAAAUUGUGAAUCAACUCAUGACCAUUUAAAUCGUAUACGCUUAAAUUCAUAUUAUUCAGAAUAUUCUCAAACAUCUAAGAAUAAUUUAAUUACAAAUCAAAAAGUAAUCAAUAAAUUGGAAUCAUCGAAAUUCGAUGAAACAUGCCAUGAUAAUAAUAGUAUUACUAAUAAUGAAAUUGAUAAUAAUUGUGAAAUGAUCAAUAGAAAUUCAGAAAACGAUUUUCAUAAUAAUAAUAAUAAUAAUAGUGGGGAUAGCAGCAAUGAUAGUAACAGUACUACAAAAUAUGAUUACAAUUCCCCAAAUGGGAAAAAUACAGUGAAUUCAAAUCCAAUGAAAUCCCGUUCCAAUAGUUUAGAUUAUCAAACUGAAUUAAGCUUUCAUACUAAUAAAUUUAUAAAUUAUUCUAAUUAUUUCAUUGAAUAUGAUAAGCAUGAAAUAGAAAAUAAACAAUCUGUAUCAGUCAAUACUGACAAUGAUGAUGCUGAGGCUGAUGAUAUUAACAAUGGUAACAAUGAUCAUAUUUAUUCGAAUCGAUUAAAUUCAAAACUAUUAAAUGAAGUCAAUGAGAAUUCCUCUAAAAGAUCACAUUAUCAUUUCAGUGGUGAGUGUACGACAACACAGAAUACGACUAAUACUACUAUUAAUAGUAAUAAUAACCGUAAACUAAAUCAUAAUACAGUUUUCACUGAUAAAAAUUAUCUUACGUCAUUUCCAAAUAAGAAAAUCAAUGAGUCUUGUUUAAAUUCUAUGAUAAUGAUCAAUAAUGAAAAUUUCACGUUAUAUGAUAAUCAAUCGUUAACAUCACCAAUACAUGAAUCAUCAUCAACAUCAUCUCCAUCUCAGUUGAAUUCUCAAAGAACCUUUAAUAAUGAGAAUAAAACCGCUACAUCUUUAUUAGAAUGGCAUUUAACAUCGGAUAGUGAAAAAGUCAAAUCUGAUCAUAAUAAUAAUAAUAAUAACAAUAAUAAUGAUAAUAAUAAUAAUAAUGAACACUUAUUAUUUGGUUAUAAAAGGCAAUUUAAUGAGCAAAAUUCAAGUUCAACGUUCAAUAAUUAUUUAACAAGUUCAUCUAUGAAUAAUACUCAUAAAAACAGUAAUAAUAAUAGUAAUAAUAAUAAGGAUGGUACGUAUGCGAAGUUGACCACUUCUACAGAUAGACAAUCACCACCAUUAUCCUACUCAUCACAAUCAACUGAAACUUUAAACGACGACUCAAUACGUAGUAAUCAUCAUCAGUUUACACAUUUACAAACGCAACACACAGAUAAAUUAUGUUCAGAUUUCAACACAGAAUAUAUGUGGACAAAGAAUCAUCACCAUGGUGAUUUAUCAAGUUAUGAAAGUGAAAUUAGUUACAUUAAAAACCAUUGGAAUUCAAAUCAUCAUUUACUAAUGAAUAAAUUACGUUUUACAACAUCAGGCAAGGCAGUUUCUACUACUACUAAUAAUAACAGUAGCAAUAAUGAAGUUAACUUUCCUGAACAUAAUCUAAUCGAUAUGAAUAGUGUUAACAGUAGUCUCAAUAAUAACAGCAAUUUUGACUCAAUGAUCCCGUGUAUAUCGCAUAAUUUUCUAACAAAUUUCACUAGAACAUCUUGUGAUAGUGUUCAGUCGAACUGUAUACAAGAGAAUCUAUACGAUCUAUCCUCUAAUUAUUUGAAUACAAAUGGUAGCCUAGUUGGAAGUUUUCCAAAUGUUAACUUUUCAAUUCGGACAACAGUAGUAAUCAUCCUGUAUCGACAUCUAUCAACCCUCAUAAUAAACUGGAUGAUUCAUAUGAGCGAGUAG